UAAAUGCUUAAAUAGGGAAAAUAUGAGUAAAAACGAUUAUCAAUUGAUCUCUUUUGAGGGAGGCGUGGCUUUGGAGAUCUUAUUCUUUCAAAGCUAGCUCGCUAUUGCUAGCCUCUCUGAAAAUCACCUCCCCACCUUUAAAGCUGGAUAAAACAGAGUGAUUGUUAGUGUGAUGAUCAUCUGCCAAAUGAGCAACAAAGACCGCAAUUCACUCCUUCAGUCAGUGAAGCUCCCACAGCCGUUCAUGAGAGUUUAAAUGCUGGGGAAUAUUCCCAUCUUCCCACAGGAGAAGAAGCAAGCAGGAGGAAUUACUCCAGGAGAAACUACGGACCUACUAUUGUAAAGAUGGAGAUUAAGGAAGAACCCUGCAGAAUAAAAGAUGAAGAUACAGAGGAACAAAUAGACCCGAUGGAAGUGAAUGAAAACAAACCUCAUCAUUUUACAUAUGAAUAUGGAGAAUUGACAUGUAAAAAUGAAGACAAGCAACAUCUGUUUCAAAAACCUCAUAUCAAAAAUGAAGAUGAAAAUGCAGUCGUUUCAAAGACUGAAGAGAAUUCCACUCAAAAACAAGCUGGAAAAUCUGGAUCUUUCAGCUGCUCUGAGUGUGGAAAAAGUUUCAUACUUAAAUCAAACUUUCAGAGACACAUGAGAAUUCACACUGGAGAAAAACCGUUCUCAUGCACUCAGUGUGGAAAGAGUUUCACACAGAAAUCAAAGCUUAAUCUCCACGUGAGGAUUCACACUGGAGACAGGCCUUAUGCAUGCUCUCAGUGUGUAAAGAGUUUCAUAUUUAAGUCACACCUUAACAGACACUUGAGAAUUCACACUGGAGAAAAACCAUUCACCUGCACUCAGUGUGGAAAGAGUUACAGACAUGAAGCACACCUUAAGACACACAUGAUGAUUCACACUGGAGAGAAGCCUUAUACAUGCACUCUGUGUGGAAGGAGUUUCAUUCGCAAAGAGGACUUAAUUGUGCACACGAGAGCUCACAAUGGAGAAAAACCAUUCACAUGCCCUCAGUGUGGAAAGAGUUACACGACUAAAUCAGAGCUUAACAGACACACGAGAAUUCACACUGGAGAAAAACAGUUCACAUGCACUCAGUGUGGAAAGAGUAGCGGACAAAAAUCAAACCUUAUAAGACACAUGAGAAUUCACACAGGAGAGAAGCCUUAUAAAUGCACUCAGUGUGGAAACCGUUUCACAUCCAAAAGCACUCUCAAAGAUCAUCUGCACUUUCACUCUGGAGGGAAGUUGUUCAGCUGUGAUCAGUGCGAUAAAACUUUUGUUGUGGAAUCAAGCUUUAGAAGACACCUUAAAACUCAUGCUGCUGUGAAGCCUCAUGUUUGUUCUUUUUGUGGAAAGCGUUUUACCCGACUGCAACAUUUGAAAGAACAUGAGAGUAUUCAUACUGGUGUGAGACCUUAUGUGUGCUCUGACUGUGAGAAGACCUUUAUUUCAUCAGGCGCAUUAAGAAAACACCAGACAAUUCAUACUAGAGAGAAACGGUUCAAGUCCUCAAACUGUAAAAAGAGUUUCACCCAAUUAUCUACUCUACAGACUCAUAUGAAAAAACGUUGCCAGAAGUUGUCUGAGUAAAUGUCAUGUUCAGAUCCAUCACUUACA